GCCGCUCUUCAUACCCAAGGGACUAAAGGCAUCAUUACCCGGUCAGAGGUGACCUGAGAGAAGGGGAAAGAGAUGGAAGAGCAGAACCCAGAAGGACCUGGAACUGGCAAGGCAGCUACUGAAAGCCUCCAUCCCACCCAAGCCGUGAGUGAUGUUGAAUUCUGGGAACGCCUGGUGCCAAUUAUCCAUGAUCAGCUCACUGCCAUCUCAGAUGUACAUCGCCAACGCUUCCGGCAAUUCCGCUACCGGGAGGCCGAUGGGCCCCGAGGGGUCUGCAGCCAGCUCCAUGGACUUUGCAGCCAGUGGCUGAGGCUGGAGAGGCGCACCAAGAAGCAGAUUGUGGACCUGGUGAUCCUGGAGCAGUUCCUGGCCAUUCUGCCCCAGGCAAUGCAGAGCUGGGUCAGGGAAUGUGGGCCGGAGACCAGUUCCCAGGCGGUGGCCCUGGCCGAAGGCUUCCUCCUGAGUCAGGCAGAGGAGAAGAGGCAGGCAGAACAGAUGUGGGCACCAUCCGUGAAGACAGAAGCUGCAAUUCCUGAGGCAGAAGGAGCUUCUUUGGAGCAAGGGCAGAGGACGCAGGCCACGGAGCAGGCCCAAGAUGCCCUCUGCUGUGAAAUGAGAAGUAUAAUAAAGACAGUGGUGGAAACAGACUAUGGCUUUGCAUCCAAAGAAAGGCUGGAGAGUUCAACAAAAGGAUCCGAAGAGCAUAUUUCCUUCCCAAAUGAGCUGGCUGAGACAGAGGAUGAUCAGAGAAAUGAGGAGGACGAGGAAAUGCCAGUCAGAGUUAAAAAUGAAGACUUGAAAGGAAAUGUCAGUUAUCAAGGCCUACCUCAGAGAAAGUACGAUGGCCAUAUGGCUGAGAAUCAAGAUGGAACAAAGUGUAACAUAACUAAGCACAGGAUAAUGAAGGCAAGUCAAUCCGUUCAGUGUGAAAAGUACUUUAGAAGUAGAUCGCAGCUCCUUGUGGACCAAGGAACCCACACAGGGGAGAAACCAUUUGAAUGCUCAGAGUGCGGGAAAAGAUUCAGUCGGAGUGACACUCUCCAACGGCAUCAAGUAACCCACACAGGGGAGAAACAUUUUGAAUGCACAGAGUGUGGAAAGAGAUUCAGUCAGAGUAGUCGUCUUCAAGAGCAUCAAAGAACCCACACAGGAGAGAAACCAUUCAAAUGCAUGGAGUGUGGAAAGAGCUUCAGUCGGAGUACCAGUCUUCAAGAGCAUCAAAGAACUCACACAGAGCAGAAACCAUUUGAAUGUACAGAGUGUGGAAUGAGCUUCUGUUGGAGUAGCAGUCUUCAAGAGCAUCAAAGAACUCACACAGGGGAGAAACCAUUUGAAUGCACAGAGUGUGGGAAGAGAUUCAGUCGGAGUAGCAGUCUUAAAGAGCAUCAAAGGACCCACACAGGGGAGAAACCAUUUGAAUGCACAGAGUGUGGGAAGAGAUUCAGUCGGAGUAGCAGUCUUCAAGAGCAUCAAAGAACCCACACAGGGGAGAAACCUUUUGAAUGCUCGGAGUGUGGAGAAACAUUCAGUAGAGUUGGGUAUCUUCAACGGCACCAAAGAACCCACACAGGGGAGAAACCUUUUGAAUGUUCAGAGUGUGGAAAGAGAUUUAGUAAGAGCGGCACUCUACGAAUCCACCAGAGAAUCCACACAGAGGAGAAACCGUUCGAAUGCUCAGAGUGUGGAAAAAAAUUUAGUACGAGUGGGUAUCUUCAGCUGCACCAAAGAACCCACACAGGGGAGAAACCUUUUGAAUGUUCAGAGUGUGGAAAGAGAUUCAGUUGGAGUGGCACUCUGCAAAUCCACCAGAGAACGCACACGGGGGUGAAACCUUAUGAAUGCUCAGGGUGUGGAAAGAGAUUUAGUAAGAGUGGUACUUUGCGAAUCCACCAGAAAACCCACACAGUGGAGAAACCUUUUGAAUGCUCAGAGUGUGGGAAGAGAUUCAGUUGGAGUGGGGGUCUCCAACGGCAUCAAGUAACCCACACGGGAGAGAAACCUUUUGAAUGCACAGAGUGUGGAAAGAGAUUCAGUCAGAGUAGCAGUCUUGAAGACCAUCAAAGAACCCACACAGGGGAGAAACCUUUUGAAUGCUCUGAGUGUGGGAAGAGAUUUAGUACGAGUGGGCAUCUUCAACGGCACCAAACAAUUCACACAGGGGAGAAACCUUUUCAAUGCUCAGAGUGUGGGAAGAGAUUCAGUUGGAGUGGCGGUCUCCAACGGCAUCAAGUAACACACACAGGAGAGAAACGUUUUGAAUGCACAGAGUGUGGAAAGAGAUUCGGUCACAGUAGCAGUCUUCAAGACCAUCAAAGAGCACACACAGGGGAGAAACCUUUUGAAUGCUCAGAGUGUGGGAAGCGAUUCAGUCGGAGCCGCAGUCUUCAACGGCACCAAACAAUCCACACAGGGGAGAAAUCUUUUGAAUGCUCAGAGUGUGGGAAGAGAUUCAGUUGGAGUAGUAGUCUUCGAGAGCAUCAAAGAACUCACACAGGGGAGAAACCUUUCGAAUGCACAGAGUGUGGAAAGAGAUUCAGUAACAGUAGCAGUCUUCAGCGGCACCAAACAAUCCACACAGGGGAGAAACCUUUUGAAUGCUCAGAGUGUGGGAAGAGAUUCAGUUGGAGUAGCCAUCAUCAAGUAACCCACACAGGGGAGAAACCUUUUGAAUGUUCAGAGUGUGGGAAGAGAUUCAGUCGGAGUAGCCAUCUUCAAGAGCAUCAAAGAACCCACACAGGGGAGAAAACUUUUGAAUGCUCACUCAAGAUCAUCAAGUAA